AUAGUCAAAACUAUCACCAUGGACGGCAAGGGCGUGACAACGGCGACAGGCACGGAUAAGGCAGAGUCUGUAGCAGACGAUGUAAGGUUGAGGACUCUUGGAACGGUGCGGCUGCGACAUCACGAGACCAACGAGAUCAUCCUGAUUCCUACACCCUCCAAUGAUCCAAACGAUCCCCUUAACUGGUAAUAUACACACCGCGCUAAGAUUGAAGAUCACGCCUUGUUAACGAUGAACUAGGUCCAAGGCCUACAAGUAUUAC